AGAACAACCUCUUUGAAGUGAAAAAGACAUACUGUGACAUUACACCAACGCCGCUACCACCACAAAACCACUGAAACCGGGCAUUCUCCAGUCAUACCAUCAUCUUGAGUCACUCUCUCGGUUGUGUCCAAGCAUGGGUGGUGCUCUCUCUCUCUUCUCCAAACUCAUCUGGACCAAAAAAGAGAUUCGAAUCCUCAUUCUCGGCCUCGACAACGCCGGCAAAACCACCCUCCUCUACCGUCUCAAAAUCGGCGAAGUGGUCACGACAAUACCGACCAUCGGCUUCAACGUCGAAUCCGUCACCUACAAGAACCUCAACUUUAAUGUCUGGGAUUUGGGAGGACAAACCAGUAUACGACCGUACUGGAGAUGCUAUUACAGUAAUACUGCCGCGGUCGUCUUCGUGAUUGACUCGUGCGAUACGGAACGAUUGGGUACUGCGGGGGAGGAGCUGCGGGCCAUGUUGCAAGAGGAGGAGUUGCGAGAUGCGAGUUUGUUGGUCUUUGCGAAUAAACAGGACAGUCCGGGCGCCAAGGGCGCAGGGGAGAUUAGUGAGGUGCUCCGGUUGGGAGAGUUGAAAGACCGCAACUGGAGUAUUAUGGCGUGUUCGGCCGUCACGGGAGCGGGUGUGAAUGAGGGGAUGGAUUGGCUAGUGCAAACGGUGGGCGAUAAUGCGUAAUCAGAGAUUUCGAACAUGGACAUGGGUUCUUUUUGGAGCGUUGGGAUCUGCACUCAAUUGCAUAGCAUGGCGUUUCGGUGCACAAUGAGCAGAUGGGAGUAAGCAUCGUCGUGAAGGCAUGCGGAGAAAGACGGCAGCGCACUUGAGGCAAGUUUGUCAAUCAAGAUACUGAGGAAUUCGCCAGCUCAUGGGAAGUGUGAAAAGAGAAGGCGGCAUCCGACUGUGAUAUGUAAGGUAUAUAUUGGUAUUGCUGACAGCGUAGUGCCAAACACUGUGCUGCAUAUCUUGAUCUCGUAGUACAGCACUCCGUCCGAUAGGUACCUACCUGGUAGCUUUCAAAUUUUG